AAUCUCAUACGAAGCCACGAGACAUUCUGACCACCCUCCCAACAAUUCAUCAGCCUCGCCUCAGAAAUUUGUCUGCGUUUGCAUGUGAGUCAAAUCUGAAGCAGAGCCCUUUGUCGCCAACAGCAACAAGAAAUAUCCUGCAACGAUAAACACAAGCUUUCCGCUCUUCACAGCCAACAACUCUUCCACUACUCUACUCUACUCUACAAUAUACAGCCCUCGAUGACGGACAUCAUGGCCUCAGAAGAACCUCACACCAUCCACUCGCCACCGAGCCCUUCUACCAAGCGACCAAAAGGCAUCCUCAAGAACUCCUACCACCGCUCUCCACCGAACCAAGCACCUAUCUCGACCACUUCACCUCCUGCCGUCUCUCCUACUCGCGUUUCGCGCCCUGCGUUCGAUGAGCGCGACCUCUCAGACAAGGACAUCACCCUCCACAACACAAUCCAGAAUGCCGGCCACAGACGAUCCUCCUCCGCUGCUCGACCGCCAGGAUCUAGACGACACUCGAGUCACUCAUCGCAAGGCCCUGUAAUAGAUGGAGAUGGGGAGAUGCGUCUCAAGUGGGAUGAGGCGAACCUAUACUUGACGGAACAAGAGAAGAGCUCUACGAUGAAGAUUGAUGAGCCUAAGACACCGUAUGCCAAGCACUACGACCCCGCUGAAGACGACGAGGAGAUGCGGACGCUUGAUGCGGAUGAGAUUGUCGUUGAUGAGCUGGACAAGGCUCGUGCAGGUAGAAGCCCAGGGAAAUCAUCACGCGCUAAAGAAGAUGAGAUUCCAGGACUCAGCCUGGGUGAGCCAGAGGAAGCCGUGCCAGAGAAGGAUUUGGAUGAGCAUACUAGGAAGGAGAAAGCAGUUCAUGUCAGCGGAGAGGAGCAUGUUGGUCUGAGUCAAGAGGAAUUAGAGAAGCACAAGAAGUUCGAGGAGAUGAGAAAGAAGCACUACGAGAUGAAGAAUGUAGCGAACCUUCUAGGACACCCUGAGGACUUAGAUGAGGAUGACGAUGGAGAUGAGGCUAUGAACGGGAGCGCAAGAUAAUAAUGGAUGGCACUUAGGGAUGGGAUAUGAUGGCGUUUUCUGACCGUUGCUGCACGGCAUUUUUUCUGCAUA